CAAUGAGUGGCAAGAAAUCAAAGUGGAUGCUGACCAAGAGGGGCGUCUUUGCCCUUUACGAGGAGAACCUGAAGGAGGAAAUCAAGAUGCAGGUAAUCUUCAAGGCCGACAUUGAUGACAUGUGGUGCCUGCGCCUCUCUGACGGGUCCCACAUCUCCCCUAUCGUCUACGUCCUGGCCAAGCGCAUCAACGAGACCUUCACUGUGGGGGCCAUCAUCACCAUUAAGGAGAGGAUUGUGGUUCCAAAUGACCCCUUCACGCCGGACGAGAGCAGGCCAAGACUCGAGGAUACGGCUCUGCAUUACGUCUACAUCAAGAGCUACAAGGUGUUUGCCUCGGCGGAAGCGGUGGGCAACGUCAUCGGCCAUCUCAACAAGGAUGACAACUACAUUUAUACCUACCGCGACGAAAUGAGAUGUGUCCUUCCGGCUUUGUUUGGUGAACGUCGCCGCCCGUUGUUGGCAAAAUGGCAACGCGAAGAUGAGCAGCUGAGAUUCGAGCUUGAGGAUGCCGGCAGUUACAAAAAGCGUCAGCACGAGGGGGUGGUCCUCAGGGAGAUCGGAAAUGUGCACUUCAAGAAUGGACAGUAUGCCGAGGCCCUUAACUUCUACAGCAUGGUCAUCAAGCAGGACAGGUUCGACUGCCGAGUGUGGACGAACAGCAGCCGCGCUCUCUUCAAGCUGGAGAAUUACAUAGAGGCUGAAGUACACGCCAUCUUUUCCAUGAAGAUGAAUCCAUUUUACGAGAAGGCCUAUAUCAGAGCAGGUCAGGCAGCCCUCAGUGACAAUCGGCCAUUCGCGGGACGCCAGUAUGCAAUGGAUGGCAUCUUCCUCUGUGGCCACACCAAGGACCUGAGGGAGAUCCUGGCCGAGGCAAUCCCCAUGAGUGAUGACUUCUUAGCGAUGGGUGACUCUGUGUACGAUACCCACCGAGAGUUCUUCAUGGCCUCGUACGUGAGCUCCCUCGAGAAGGUCCGCUCCCAGACCAAGGGGCGCGCCAUCUUCAAGGAGAUCCAGGAUGUGCUGCAGCGGAAGAAGAUUGUCGAGUUGAGCAAUGCUUUUGGUAGGGAGCCGCGUAAGGAGAGCAAGAAGAGCAGCAAGAAGCCCAAGAAGCCCAUGGAGGAGGCAGGAACGAUCUCAGCAGCAGCAGCGGCAGCAUUCAAGGAGGAGGAGGAAGAGAAGACUAUUUUAUCUAGGAAAGGGAAGAGGAGGAAGAUGGAAGAAGAGGAAUCUAAAAAGGGAGAGAAGAAUAAUAACAGAAACAAAAAUACUUCUCUGAAUGAAACUUUAAAAGAGGGAAGAAGGUUAUAUCAAUCUGAGCAGUACCAGCAAGCAAUAGAGAUGUAUAACAAAUGUUUAGCUUACUCUGAACUAACUGACAACAUUAACAGUGGAGUGCAGGGCAAGAAAGGUGAGCGAUGUGAGGUGCAGGUGAUCCAGUUUAUCAUUGGGAUGUCCAAAGUGCAGUCUGGCCGCGGGUACAUAUACGAAGGGCUGGAGAUCAUGCAGACCCUUUGUGGGGACGGCACCAAGUUCCCCUACAAGCCGGCUGCACGCUACUGGCUCGCCCUGUCCUUUGAGAAAAUUUUUUGUUUUAAGUUAGCCCUGAAGCAUGCGCAGAUGUGUCGUGAUGCCCUCAAGAAACAUAAAAACCUCAAGCCCAUCAAGUGGCCGGGCACAGACCAGAACAUUAGUAAAACACACCCCAAUGAAUUAGAGGCUGAGUGUAACGAACUCCUUGAACGACCGCUCUCGGCCAGACCAACCCCCAAGGCAAAGUGUCGCUACAAGAAGUGUAUUACAACCCAAGGCAUCCCCUACGCCAAGGAGGAGAUUUAUUUGACAGACCCAGACUUCAAGGGCUAUUUAAAUGUGAUUUGUGAGGAUGACUGCACAGUGAGUUACCACCAUUGUUGCUGGAAGGUCUUCAAGGAGCAGCAUGACGGGAGCAUCAACAGAAUGUCCGACAAGGAUUUUUUAGGGCAAGGCUGUGUGACCCCAGACUGUACGGGCAAGAUCUUCAGCAUCGAGAUUUACGACGACACGGGUGAGCUCAAGAACGUGGUGAAGAAGGACAAGAAGAACGAGCCCGCCCCAGUCAAGCAGAAGAAGAAGAAGGAGAAGAAGAAGGAGAAGAACCAGACCCACAAGAGGAGAAACAGAGUGGAGAGUGUUUGUGAGGAGCAGGGAGGUGGAGAGGAGGCAUCAGCAGGAGGAGCAGAAAACACAGGGGGCCAAAACAGCACUACUACUACUACUAUAACCACUGUCAAUAACAACAAUAACAACACAACCACCAAUAACAAUAUUAAGAAGUCCCAGCCCACUCCCAUGCUGCCCAUUGAUGCCAAGAGUCUGGAGACAGCCCAGGUGACCAUUCUUAAGCCCGGAGGCGAGUCCCCGACAGCCUCACCCACCAAGGCUGCUAAGAAGAACAAGAAGAAAAAGAGCAAGAAGCCCGUUAGUCAGCCCAACCUUCUGGCAGACCCCCUUGAGAGUGACUUGUGUGUCCAAAACGAAUAUGUGGCGCGUCUCCGAGCGUUGCAGCAGCAGAGGGAUGCGCUCGAGGCGGAUGGUACCGUCAACGCCAGCUGUCCCUUGUCCCUCACCAAUAGCCGCCAGAAACAGACAAUGCUGCUGGACCCCGACAACCCCUUCUACCUGCCCCAGCACCUGCGUGACAACCCCGAGGAGCUGGAGAAUGUCUUGCAGCAGAAGCUCACCACCAACUCCCCUCCCGGCCUGCAGAAGGAAACCGUCAACACCCUUCUGGACUUUAUGUAUGACUGGCUUAAGUCCGAGGGGCCCAUGCGCACCUCUGACUCCAGGCUGGCAGAGCAGGUGUCCGAGAACUUCCCACAGGAGGCCAAGGACUAUGUGUCACGAUGUGGCAGUAUCAAGGAGUUCCUCAUGCAGUCGAUUAAGUUUGCGAUGAUCGACGACAUCAUCUGCGUGCACGAUGAUGUGAUGAAGGCUCAGAAGAUGCUGUGCAAGGAUGUCUCGGACAAGAUAAACAGAUCCAAGUACCUCAUUUUUUUCAGUGACGGCAAGAAGGCCAAGCGGUUCACCCACUUACUGGACGACGCCAAAAGCACAUGCUCCACCGCCUCCUCCUCCGUCGCCGAGUCCUUCAUCUCCCGGGACUCCUCCGCCCACAACGGCAAACUCAGCAACCACGUCAACUCCAGCGGCAGCAACGGCAACCACAACAACUGCGACACCGAAAGUAACGCCUCCCUCGCCCCAGUCUCAAAAAGCAUCGUGGAGCAGCUAGCCAUGCUCUCGAAACAAAACAUAUCCCUGGACCCCGCAGCCCCGCCCUUCGAGCCCGUGGUGACCGUUGUUGAUGUGCCAAAGGAAAAUGAAGAGGAGUACGAGGAAGAGGAGGAAGAGGUUAAGUGGAGCAAUGGCGACUCAGAUUAUAUAGAAAACUGGGCGGCACAGGCGAGAGAGAAAACUGCGUUGAUGCCUGAAGGAGAAGAGGAAGAGGAGCUGGAGAUGUCAGUCGAGGCAGAAGAGCAAGGAGGAGAAGAUCAUGGAGAAGAAGAAGAGCAGGGAGAGGAGGAGGACGAGGAGGAGGAGGAGGAGGAGGAGGGAGAAGAAGGAGAAGAGGAGGAGGGAGCAGAGUCUGUGAAGGAGGAGGAGGAGAAUAUUGAGGAAUAUAUCAUUCAGCUCCAGGACGAGAAGGAGAAUCUGGCGCAGGACAUUGAGAAGGUGCAGGAGCAGAACGAGAAGCUGAACGACAAGCUGAUCCAGGUGAAGUCGCAGUACAAGAGUGAGGUCAUGAAGCUCAAACAACAGAUCGAGGAAUUAAAGGACCAGAACAAGGAACUGAGCACGGAGAAGCACGCCAUCCAGUCACAGAAGGAGACAGACAUCAGGAAGUACAAGAGUGACCUUUCCCGUGCCACCGAAGAGCUUAAGACCUUCCAAGCCAGGGUGCAUUCCGCUGAGGUCAAGUGUGAACAGUACCUUGAUCAGAAGAACGAGAUGGAGGCAAGACUGGAGGAGGCACGGGAACUGAACACACAACUGAAGGACGAGAUUGAGAAGAUGGGGAGCCUGCAGGAGUCCCUCACCAGCUGUUCCCGGCGAGCCAGGGAGGCGGAGGUUAAGUACCUGUCCACCAAGAAGGACCUGGUGGAGGCAAGCUUGAGCAGAGCCAUCAAGCAGCUGACGGAGGAGGCGAUGGUGAUGAAACACAUGCUCCCGGCGCUCACCGACACCACCAUGCCCGACCGCAACACCCUGACCCACACCAUCAUGGCCUGGGAGGAGACGGUGGCCGGCCUCCUGGAGCAGCAGCGUUCGUUUAGCGAGGAGGGCACACGUCUGCUGGGCAUGAUCCACCAGGGCCGCCCCCUCAGCGCCCUGCCUGCCGGGGACCUCAAGAUACCCAUCAUCCCUACCCUCUCCGUGGCGCCGCUCCUCAAGCACUUCCAGACCAACAACCACCACCUCCACCACCACCAGAACAACAAGCCUCCACCCACACCCACACCACCUCCACCACAUCCACCACAUCCGCCACCAACACUCGCAGUUCAGGAGGCCAUGCCCAUGCACCGCCCCAUCCCUAGCCCCUCGCCGCAGCCUCCACCGUCGCCACACAUGUCCACGCCUCCCCCACCCUUGACGGAGCCCCCACAAGUGCCUCUCAUGUCGGUGGCUCUCGUUCAAACGGCGCACCAUAACGGACACCCAGUUUACAUGCAUAAUGGAGUGCCGCCCCCUGGUCUCAUCCCAACCACCCCCUCGUCCAACCCUGCCACUGGUGCUAUUCCUAAGGGUGCUGGCAACCCCACACCCACCAAGACCCCAGAGAUCGUCACCGCCCCGCCGCAACAGCAGUUCACGGAGCCCACCAGCACUCUCUUCGUGGGUCAGCUGCCCUGGGAUUACACGGAGGGGGAUGUCAAGCCCAUAUUUGUAGGCAAUCAUAUGCUCAAUGUACAAGCAAAGGAAAGUAAAAAGAACCCAAAGCCUGCAAGUGUGCCGACAGCUGGAGGAGGAGGAGGAGGAGUGGGAGUGGGAGGAGGAGGCCUGGCUGGGAUUAUUGGUGAGGCCGAGAUUGUUAACGGGUCAAAUAAUGGACGAGCGAACUUCCCCGUCGGUGGCAGCGCGGAGCCAAACCAGCCACCCGCCGCCCGCCACCUUCACACACUGCCCACACCAACACUACACCACCACCACCAACAACCUCCUCCUCCCACACAGCCCGUUACCAAACCCAAGUUCCAGAGGCUUCUACCAAGCAACAGUGCCGUGGGAACCAUGGGAACAUUGGCGCCUCCCAAGCUGGUUCGCCCCCAACCCAAGGUCGUGCCCAACCCCUCGAAGAUCGGGGGCCAGACAACAGCCACCAAGGAGGAGAACGCCGCGCCUGCCUCCUCCAUCUCCUACCCCAAACUCAUUGAGGUGUGCAAGCAGCGACUCGGGAAGGAGUUUUCCUCGCCUGAAAUCUGCACUGCUCUGAGGGAAGUCCGCACCCACAACAACAACAAGAGCCUGAUGGAGCUGACCACGGAGAAGAUCGUCGAGCGCGUCAAGCAGCAACUCCGCGCACGCAAGGCAGGUUUGGGCGCCCCCUCCGUCGCUCCCUGGGCCGGCCUAACACAGGAACCAGGGAAGAAGACCAGCCCAGAGUGGCAGGGACCGAGGAACGAGGAAGGAGUGAAGGAGGAGUCGUGCUCAAUCUGCCUCGAGUCGCUGAACACCGGCCCGACUCUGCCUCUCCAGUGCCUCCACACCUUCCAUGAGCGCUGCAUCAAGGACUGGCUUCGUAGGCAGUCGAAUUGUCCCAACUGUCGGAAGUUUGCCCUGAUGACGGAUGAGUACCCAACACUCACCCAGAAGUAGGCAGAUACAGGGCCUUGAGGAGAAGCACAUGGCCCAGAGCUAAGUUUUCCUAUGUUGUGUUGUCAUUUGUUUUCCGUGCACUUUAGGGUUUGUGUGGCGGUUCGUGCGCAUGGCGACUUUGAAAUCAUGUCGGGAAAUGAGUUUGUACUGCCGUGGAAAGGAGCGAUUGUAAAAGUGAAAAAUUAACUGCUGCAGGUCGAGUCAAGAUCAGGUUAUAAGAAAGCUUGUUCAUUCUUUCGCUAUCUUGUUAUUAGUCAUUUGAAAAGCAUAGAUGUUGAAAAAGAUACUCCAUUGACUAUUAACUAUGGGAACGUGGCGUGAAGGAGUUCGUUCUUGCACUUUAGCUGAGUUGACAUGAACUGUGUGUGCAUAUGUGUGUGUGAACUGGCAGACAAACCCAAUUUCUCGGAUGGAAUAUGCCAGGGUGUAUUCCGUGGGAGGAAGCCGUGACUUUUUACUUUGUUUUGCGGGUGGAAUUCAGUGUUUAGUUCGUUCUCAGCUGGAAUAAAACAAAGUCGUUUAUCCCGCAGGAGAAAAUGACGCUUGUUGUUGAAAUUCUUGCUUGUGUAGUGAGCAAUACCUAGCACGUAAGAGUGAGCACCCCCACUGUAAGCUAAGCCCCGCCAGUGUUUCUCCUAAAUUAAGCGUCGGUUUUGUGUUCCGCCUUCAGAAAUUUACGUUGUGACUUUUUUUUCGCCUUCAAAAAUUUGUGUUGCAACUUUAUUUAUUUUUUUAUUUUUGUUUCGCCUUCAAAAAUUUACAUUGCGACUUUAUUUUUGAUUUUUUCGUUAUUAUUUAUCUUUUCCGCCUUCAAAAAUUUAUGUUACAACUUUAAUUUUUUGGUUUUGCCUUUAAAAAUUUACAUUGCAACUUUAAAUUUUCUUCAAUUCUCGCUGUAAUUUGUAUGACUGCGGAGAAUUAGGAUUAUGGGAAGGACACAUAAUUCUUUCAUUACCUUCAUCCUUGUAAAAGACUUGCUUGAAAAAUUAAACUAUUUGUCACUUUUUUGCACAUAAGACGGAUUUUGGAUCAAGCACGACAUUAUUUCACCCUAAUCAAAUUCAUUUCAUACAGUUUUAUUUUCCCCCUUUGGUGUUUUGUGUCAUGGAAGGUUUGGAAGUGAAACCUUGGUAUCAUCCCUUCAUCACCAACCCCACCCAGCUCAUUCCCCUGGCUGAAGAAUUUUAUGGCAGUUUUGUGUGUGUGACGUGACUGAGGGCUUGUGGAACUUACUAUUACUACUACUACUAUUAUCAUCAUCUCAACAAAAACAAAAUAUCGCUUAUGUCCUCAUUCACAAAAAAAUCAAUUCCCCUUUUUAUGAAUUCAAUUACGUCUUUUUUUUUUAUACACUUCAUACGACACGGAAGACUUAGUUACCAUAUCUUCAACCCCGAUAUGAUAAGUCUUGGAAACGGAUGAUAUGUGUGUAUGUGGAGUGGGUGAGUGGAUGAGUAUGAGGGAGUUGUGAAGGUUGUAUAUGUAUCCGGAGUAGAAGUGGACCACAUGUAUCCUUAGGUAUUAGUGGAAAGGGUUGUAUAUAUGUAUGUGUGUGCGUGUUUGGGGUGUAUGUAUGUAUCAGGGAGUUAUUCUGCACCUUCCCUUUCUCUCUCUUCCUUUACCUCUUCUUCCGUUCUCUCUCUUCAGGAAGUUGACGAGUGGAUGAGUGGAUCAAGUAUGAGGAAGAUGUGGAGAGGAGAAGGUUGUAUAAGUGUGGAGUUAGGGAGUGGAGUGUAUGUUGUAUCAGGGAGUUAUGGAGUGGAUUGAGUAUUAGGAAGUAUUGGAUAAGGUUAUGUGUAUGGGUGUGUCUGUGUGUGUGUGUCGAAUAAAGAGGAGGAAAUGUGUGUGUGUGUGUGUGUGUAUGUGUGUGUGUUUAAAGUGUAGGAUAAGGAAGAGGAAUUGUGGAAAUAUAGAAUAAUAAGAAAAUGUAUUAGUGUAUGAUUAUAAGGAAAAGGAAAUGUGUAUAGGCCUGUGUGUGUGUGUGUGUGUGUGAGUGAGUGAGUGAGUGAGUGAGUGAGUGAGUGAGUGAGUGCAUAUAAGCAUAGGAUAAAAAAAGAAGAAAUGUGGAAAUGUCGGAUGAGAAGAAAAUGUGUGUAAUUUCAGAAUAAGGAAUAGGUAAUGUGUAUGUAUGUGCGUUUGUGUGUGUGUGUGUGUGUGUGUGCGUGUGUGUGGCAUAGGGUGGAGUUCAUAAUAUAAGCGACGUGCCUUAUACCGCUUAGGAAAUGUGAUCUAUUUUUCUAUGUACCAACGAUGUUCCUUUAAUUUUGUAUCGCAUGCUAGAGGGAUAGGAGGAGGAGGAGUCGAGUCCGUUCCGGCGACUGACCUAAAGGAAUAGCAACCCUUUGUGGCAAGAGCUUCAUUCGUUUACCUUAUUUUGGUUUGCUUUUCUGUUUCUUCAUUUUCUUUUCCUUUACCUUCAAUUACCUUUCCUUUCCUUUAACUUUCUUUCCUGUCAGUUCUUCCCUUCAUUUAUCUUCCUUUAGUUUGCCUUUCUUUUUCUUCCUUUUUUAUUUUAUUUUACCAUCAUUUAUCGUCAAUUACCUUAUCUUUCCUUUCUUUUAACUUUAUCUCUCUCUCCCUUCAAUUCUUCCCUUCCCUUACCUUUCCUAUACCUUUCCUUUACCAUCCUUUCCUUUACCUUCUUCCCCUACCCUGCUUUCUCUCUCUCUCUUCACUUUCAAACUUCCCUUUACCUUCCCUUCCCUUUCCCUUUCCCUUUCCUUUACCUUUCCUUUACCUUCUUCCCCUACCCUGCUUUCUCUCUCUUCACUUUCAAACUUCCCUUUCCCUUUCCCUUCCCUUCCCUUCCCCUUGCUCUCUCUACCCUCUAACCUUCAUAUAUACAAGUGGCAGCUGAAUCAUCAUAUUUUUCAACUAUUCCUUUAGACUAUCAUUGAAGUGUUGCUGUAAAUAAAAGCAUAGGUUAACAGGACAGCUCAUUAAUUCUUUUGUUAUGUUGUUAUCUGCCAUUUAUGAAGCAUUGAUGGUGAAAAAAGAUACUCCAUUGUCUGUAUUAAACUGUGGGAAGCUAUUGGAGAAAUAUACUUAAGGAAAACGUGGUAUAAGUCAAGAAAGGGUUAAAGGGAAACUCAUUUAUUCUUUCCCUAUGUUGCUAUCUGUCAUAUAUGAAGCAUUGGUGGUGAAAAAAGAUACUCCAUUGUCUGUAUUAAACUGUGGGAAGCUUUUGGAAAAAUAUACUUAAGGAAAACGUGGUAUAUAGGAGCUAAGUCAAGAAAGGGUUAAAGGGAAACUCAUUUAUUCUUUCCUUAUGUUGCUAUCUGUCAUUUAAGAAGCAUUGAUGGUGAAAAAAGAUAUCUCAUUGUCUGUAUUAAACUAUGGAAUAUCCUUAAGGAAAACGUUGUACAUAGGAGCGGUCAAGAUAGAGUUAACAGGAAAAUUCAUUAAUCCUUUCGUUAUGUUAUUUGAGGAGUAUCGGUAUUGAAAAGAUACUCCAUUGUCUGUAUUAAACUAUGGAAACCGUGGUGUCAUGGAGUCUAAAGGAACGGUUAUACUAGGAAGCUGCUGUUGCCCCAUAGAGUGAAUGCUUCCUUUUGGUCAGUCCCUGGAGUGGCAUGGAGUACUAGUAUUAAGGCAUUGGUUAUAGUACCGUUUUUCAUUGCUCUACUGUACCGCUGAAACAGUAAACUAUGUGGGUCAUGA